AUACAAUACCACAGUAUAAGAAACAAGAAAGCUUAUACUGUGGUAUAAUAAAAAGCUGGAUCUAACGUACAAUUUUCACUGUAGAUGGUAGCUCGAUCGCGAGAAUCGUGUUAGAGUUCGUUGUAACUCGAAGCAUCUCUUUAAAGCGAUGAAUCAAUGACUAUCGCGUUGGAAGUGCUCUGGUGUUCCCUUGACGUUUGACGUUAGGAAUAAUUAUCGAACAAGUCGUAAGGUUUCCUCGGAACAAAGAUGGUAUAAGGACAAACGGUAUAAUAAAGAUGAGCAGGAUAGCGAAAAUGGCCUGUCCUGGAGGUGGCUUGUACGUCCUCGAGGGCGAAGUCGGCCUCUUGGCGACGGCUAUGAAACGGGGCACUCGAUGGUCUUCUCAUUCCCAUCAGGACGAUGACCAAGAUGCUCUUCUAAAAGGAUUAUACACUUUGAAGGAGGCUCUGAAUGAUGCAAAAGAUUUAUCUUAUUUAGAACCAGGGGUGUUUCUUGCUCCAUUUCUAGAAAUUAUAAGGUCGGAGGAAACGACUGGACCUGUUACCAGUCUUGCACUGUCUGCAGUGAAUAAAAUCAUAUCUUAUGGUCUAGUUGAUGCUGAUCAUCCAGCAAUAGCACAAUGUGUGGAAGCUGUGGCAGACGCUGUUACACAUGCGAGGUUCGUUGGGACCGACGCGUCGGGAGAUGGAGUUGUUCUAAUGAGAAUACUUCAGGUUUUGAGAGCUCUCACGUUAUCGCCUGCUGGAGAUCACCUUUCGAACGAAAGUAUUUGCGAAAUUAUGCUCAGUUGCUUCAGGAUAUGUUUUGAAACGCGUCUCAGCGAACUGUUGAGAAGAACUGCCGAGCAUUGUUUAAGGGACAUGGUGCAACAUCUUUUCACUCGGUUGCCACGAUUCGCGGACGAUACGAGGGUUCUGUUAAAUAUGAAUAAAAUGAGGGCGAACAGUAUGGAGAACGGUCGCGGCAAAAAUAGGAGAAACAAGAAUCAUUCGAAACAAAAAGUUAAGCCAAAUACGGAUAACGUAGGCGAUGGUGAAACUCAGCUUUCGAGUCCCGUCGACAGAGUCAGACCGAGUCAUUUGCCGACGACGCCCGUCACUAACUCGGGAAAUAUUGUUGAUAUGCAAGGUUCUUUCGAUCACGGAGCAGUCGAGAAAGCGGACGAGGAAAAGAACGUUAAUAAAGACGGUAAAAAGGACCCGAAGGAUGUAGAUGAAAUUAGGAAGCAGAAAGACGAGUCGAACGCAAAGAUCAAAAGGGAAGACUCAAAAGAUAUGUCGCGGUGUAAGGAAGGCAGCGAGAAUACGGAGAACGAAACGAGUAGUUCCGUAGAAAAAGAACAAGUUUUACGGGAAGAAAAUAAGAGCACGGAGAAAGAAGAGGCGGACGAGCGGAACGAACGAAACGAGACGAAGAAAGAAGAAUGUGGAGAGAGUCGGUCGGUGGAUGACGAGAAAAACACGGAUUCGAUAGCGUCUCCUUUAGGAAGCGUGGAAGAUUUAUCGGUCGAAGAAAGCACGAACGGUUCACCGAACACGUUCAAGAACAAGGAGGCUGAACAAGUCGAAGAAUACAUAAAUGCUCAAGGAGUUCGUUUCACGUCGCUCCAACAAUUGUCCCCGUACGGUGCUUUGUGCGUCCGUGAAUUAUUUCGGUUCCUGGUGUCUUUGUGUAGUCCUCUCGAUAAACAGAAUAACGAAAUUAUGACCCAUCUAGGUCUCAGUUUGUUACAAGUGGCCUUGGAAAUUGCUGCCGAUGCCCUUUCCAAUUUUCCGUCGUUGCUUGCGCUCGUUAAAGACGACCUCUGUAGAAAUCUUAUUCUGCUUCUUAGCACCGAUCGGACGUCCAUUCUUGUAGCCGAUCUGCAGGUUUCGUUCCUACUGUUCGAAUCGCAAAGGGAGCACCUAAAAUUUCAAAUGGAACAUUACAUAAACAAAUUGAUGGACAUUGUGAGCUCGGACUCGAACCGUAUAUCAUAUGAUCAGCGAGAGCUAGCGCUAGAGGCUAUCGUGAGAUUAUGGAAAAUACCUGGUUUACCAGCGGAACUGUAUUUGAAUUACGAUUGCGGUUUAUACUCCACCAACUUGUACGAAGAGUUGAUGAAAAUGUUGUCUAAGAACGCUUCUGCAUUACUGGGCAAUAUGCAUAAUAUGCAGUUUAUUUCCUUGGACGCGAUAUUCGCGUUGAUUUCUGGGAUGGAAAUCAGAUGUAAAGGGUACAAGGAAUUGUAUAAAGCUUCUCGACAUAACGCUUCACCGAAUCUUCCGACGCGAGAAGAACUGCUCGCUAUAAAGGCGAAUAAGCGGUGGUUGGUACUCGGCACGGAAAAAUUCAAUGAAAAUCCACGUGAAGGGAUCGCCAAACUCACGGAGCAUGGCCUGUUGGGUGGAAGUCCGGGUAAUCCAGAUCCAGAGAAGGUAGCGAAACUGUUGAAGGAGAAUCCUGGACUGGAUAAGAAAGCGAUCGGCGAAUACAUUAGUAAAAAGGAGAAUAAAAACGUUUUAAAUUGUUUCGUUCGUAGUUUUGAUUUGAAAAACACGCGAAUCGAUCAAGCGCUACGUCUGUAUUUGGAAUCCUUUAGACUUCCUGGCGAAGCACCGCUCAUCUCUCUAUUGCUCGAAAAGUUCGCAGAACACUGGCACGAUAGCAACGGUAAGCCGUUCGCUUCCGCCGACGCCGCCUUCACUUUGGCGUACGCAGUGAUCAUGUUGAACGUCGAUCAACACAACUACAACGUGAAACGACAAAAUAAUCCCAUGACUGCUGACGAGUUCAAAAGGAAUUUAAAAAAGGUGAACGGCGGUGCUGACUUUGACCAAGACAUGCUGGACGAAAUCUAUUACUCCAUCAAGGGCGAGGAAAUCGUGAUGCCUGCUGAACAGACUGGCUUAGUGAAAGACAACUACCUGUGGAAGGUUUUGUUACGCAGGGGCGUUGGUCCUGAAAGUUUGUACCUGAAAGUAGGGAACUCUGGUGAAUUCGUGGAUAAAGAAUUGGCAGAACAGGCAUGGGCUCCCAUAGUGAGCGCGCUUUGCAGAGCGUACGACAAAGCACCUGACAGAUCGUUGCAGCGUCGGGUCGCUGAAACUUUUCUUCGCUGCGCGUCCAUCAGUGCCCAUUACGGCAUGAGCAGCGACUUAGACACCCUGGUGGUUAGCUUAUGCAAGUUUACAGGGCUCGCGACCGGUGGUGAACCCGACCAAGUGGUGCUGCAGCUCGGCGGAAGUAGCAAAUGUCAAUUAGCAGCACGUACGCUGUUCAAAAUAACUCAUAUGCACGGAAACGCCAUAAGAGCUUCAUGGAAAAAUAUCAUCGACUGCUUGCAAUCGUUGUACAAAGCAAGGUUGUUGCCAAAGAGUCUCACGGAAGGGGAAGAUUUUCUAGAUCCGUCGGGGAAGGUGUCUCUGAUCCGAGAACCGGCUACGCCGAAGCCAGCUCCGGUCGAUCAAGGAAUACUGUCCAGUUUGUAUUCCUACAUAGCUCUGGAUACCUCGAGAAUCUCUCAUCCGGCCGAAACGAUUGCGAGGAAAAGAGCCAACGAAUUCGUGGCCAACUGUUACUUGAGACAAAUCAUUGAAGAAAGCAAGUUUUUGCAAGUGGAGUCUCUUCGCUCGAUGGUUGGAGCUCUGGUAUUCGUUAAAAGCCACGAAGAGGACGCGUCAGUAUUUCUAUUAGAAUUAUUGUUGGAAGUAACGAUUCAAAAUCGUGAUCGGGUGACGUGCAUCUGGCCGAUCGUUCAGGCACAUUUGGACGGGUUGCUGACUAGCGCGGCACGAGAAAAUCACCCGUACCUGUUGGAAAGGGUGGCCGUUGGAAUGUUGAGGCUAGCGAUACGAUUGUUACGGGGAGAGGAAUGUGCAUGGACCGUUCUACCUUCUCUAUUACCUUUGACUCAUCUACCUUCGGUCAGCAGCGCACCGCUCGCACGACAGAUAGCCUACGGAUUAUUUGAAUUGCUCAAAACUGGUGCAGCGAAUAUUCACAGCACGGAAGAUUGGCGGGUGGUGUUCAGUCUGCUCGAAUGUGCCGGUGCUGGAGCGUUAUCACCGAAACAAUCCAACACCGUGCUGGACGAAGCAAGCAACAGAACGUCAGUACUGGACACAAGGCCGAUCAGCCCGGUGCCGGAGUGGGUCCUGGUAUCUCCCACAGGAACAGAAGCACCACUACCAGUCGCUGCCGACACGAUCGUCCUGGAUCGAGACUUGCAACCGCACGAUCCUCACGCUCUGGUCAAAUGUUGCGAAAGUCUGACGUUCUUGGUCCGCGACGUAGCGCACGUGACACCCUUCAACUUCGAAUUGUGCAUCCGUUGCGUCAGAACGUUCGCCGAAGCGGUUCUGCAGUGUUCCGGCAAACGAAGCAAGGUGCACCUCACUGGGGAGGAGCCAGCCGGCUAUCAACAGAGUCCCAUUCAACUGCUGGACCUGAUGCACACGCUGCACACGAGAACGGGCCAGGUGUUCCGCUGGUGGGCCGAAGAGGGUAACGCCAUGGAAGGCGUGUCGCUCUGGCCGCAGGCUUGGAGACCUCUGCUGCAGGGGAUUGCGAGAUUGUGCUGCGACGCUCGCAGACAGGUCCGAACUGCGGCGAUCACCUAUUUGCAAAGCACUCUACUCGCUCACGACUUAGCUCAACUGUCCGCGGUCGAAUGGUCCCAAUGCUUGGAGCAGGUGUUGUUCCCCCUGCUCGCGCAACUGCUGGGCCCCAUAGCGUCCAACGACCCCAUCGGCGUCGAGGAGACCAGAGUCAGAGCCGCGAUGCUGCUUUCCAAGGUGUUCCUUCAUCACUUGAAUCCUCUGUUGACGCUCCCCGGCUUUCUACCGCUGUGGUUGACGGUGCUAGAUUUGCUCCGCGCCUACAUGCACGCGGACAACAGCGAGCUUCUUUACGAAGCCAUACCAGAGUCCUUGAAGAACAUGCUGCUGGUCAUGUCAUCGGCCAACGUCUUGGCUGCAGAUUCGAACCUGUGGGCUCCGACCUGGAGAACAAUCGACGCUUUCUUGCCGAACUUAAAAGCGGAACUGUUCCCGGAGCCUGUUCCGUCUCCACCGCCUCCACCAUCUCCUCCACCACCACCUCCGCCGCCUCCACCACCGCUACCCUCGCAACAGUGGGAAGAAACCGCAAGAGUAAUCAGUUUAGUCGAACAGCAGCAGCCGUCAUUCUCCGGAUCAAUAGCGCCCCAACCGGAAAAGAACGGAUCUAUCGAAUCGUUGUCUCCGACCUCGACGGAGGUCAGUUCCGACGUCCCAUCGAUACCCGUACCUAUUCCUAACCUUCCUUUUAGUAAGAACAGCGAACAACGAGUGAUCACGUUACUCGAUCAGAGACCACCGAUCGUGUCGAGCCCGGUCGCCGUGCAACCGGUCACGGUACCACCUCCUGUUGAUGUCUCCCUUGUCAACGAUUGGUCCAGCGAAGAGGAACGGCAACGACUCCUUCGAAUACCGGUGGACUCGAACUUGGACCCUACGUUGCCAAAGAUUAACCGGAAUAACGAGACCGAGAGCAAACGAGAGGAGAGACAAGUUUUGUUACAGCCGCAGGCCGUGCAAUCAAAUUUCUUGUUUCGAAACGACUCCGAGACAACGAACAUGGGGAGCGUGACAACGACCAUGUUUAAUUCCGCUGCAUACUUCAGCGAAGACCCCGCCGCAGAUCGACUGUUCGCAGUCACCAACCCUUGACCACUGUACAUUCGUUAUGUAUAUUGUAUCAUUUCCACGGAGAAGAAAUUUUCGAACGUACUUUUAAAAGAAUAAUCGAUAGAUAGAAUUUUGUCCUGUACAUUUGGCAUCGCGGUAUAUUAAUAACAAUAGUAUAUUACGAUGUAUAUUUAAUAUUAUCACUAAUUAUAUAUACACAUGUUCGCGCGUAUGCAUUCUCUUCCCUUUGCUUCCAGAGAAUGAGGAUGGGGGGAGACAUGUAAAUGUUAUAUACAUAAUACAAACGUAAGUAUAUAUGUAUAUAUAGUGUAGGUACGUACACGUGUAACGUAUUCGCGCGCAGAGGCACGUACAAAUAAUUACAUCGAAAGUCUGUCGCUACAGAACGAUUUCUGACAACCUACGUUCGCUCUUAUACUCGUACAUUUGUAAACGCGACCGGUUAAAUAAACGAAAUUAGAUUAUC